AAGUACAGGAGUUCAUAUAGCCAUAAGAGAAUCCUAAACCGACAAGGUUUUAGGUACCAUCCGUACGUGAGGAGACAAAGCCCUGAAAAAUAGAGACCUCAACAAGUGACGAAAGAGAGGCAAGUUUCAGCCAUCAAUGGAGACUCCGGAGAGAAGAGAGAGCUGCGGAUGCGGGUGCGAGAAACCGGUGCCUCACGCCUCCUUCGCGAAGCGACGCCCGCCGGGACUGGUGUUCUACCCCCUCGACCACCAGCUCAUCGCCAUCUUGCGCCGCAAGCUCUCGGGCUGGCCUCUCCGGCUGCCUCAUCCCUUCAUGGACCUCAAUGUCUACAAGCACACCCCUCAACAGCUCUCCGAACUGAACGGGUGUGGAGAGCGAGAGAAAGAGUGGUAUUUCUUCACGACCAGAGACCGGAAGUACAAGAACGGGACGCGACCCAAUAGAGAGGCCGGAGGCGGAUUCUGGAGGGCCAGCGGGUCGGCGGAGGAAAUCGUUCAUGACGGGCAAGUCAUCGGCUGGAAGAGGUCGCUCGUGUAUUACCACGGCAAGCCUCAGGACAGCGUCAAGACCGAUUGGAUCAUGCACGAGUUCACAGCCAAGGACGCUGAUUACAACAACAGCAACAAUCACAAGGGAACGACGGGCGAGAACGACAUGCAGCUUGAUGGCUAUGUGAUAUGCAAGAUACACAAGAAGAGGAGCAAGUCGGAAUCGGACGACCGCAAAGAGGAGGGCCGCAAGACUGGCCAGAGGAAGAGGAAGAGCGUGGCUUCAACCCAGGAUGGGUCCAAAGCUCCACACAAAGAUCCGGGCAAUCAUGGAAGUCACGCUGAAAGUUCGUCUCCUGUUCCCGGACCGAAUGACGGUGCGCCACUCGAGCCCUGGGGCCAGCUGGCUCCUAUCGCCGAGCUUCCGGGCGUGUGCGGCAGCGUUCCCACGCCUGAUCAGAGGCAGCAACAGCCGCAGGCAGCAAAGAAAGGCACGGUUUGUUUUGAAGACACUGACACUCUCAAUGACCCGGGAGUUGAUGCCCCACCUCUGGACAUGUUCGACUGGUGGGAGACUCAGGAGCAGCAACAGCAGACGGCCAACGAUGGUGCAAUCAAUUACAGUUAUCCUAAUGUUCCCACCGAUUCGGUAGCUUGGCCUCCACACACGCCCUUUAUUUCCUUGACUCGUGGACAACAACAGACCCCGGCUGAUCAAGCUGCGGCGGUCGACUUCAAUCCUGCAAAUAAUGCUUCCGACGAUUCGAUAUCGAACGGGGUGAACGCCAUCAGAGGUUUGUCGUUGGCCCACGAAGACGGUUCAGCAUUCACGGCUGACUUUGGUGAUGAUCUCCUAGACAGCAAUGGUUCUUCCUUGUGGAGGCAUUUCGACUAUAAAAGGUUUAUGGUUGUGGAAGACAUAUGAACUGCUUGGGAGAUUGUAUGGGUCAAGAGAUCUAUACUGGGUAGAUAAACUUUUAGCUGCUUUUGAUUAUUUGAACAUGGAUAGGGAUAGAAUAGAAUGAAGUGGGAUUAAAAUUCCUUUGGAUAGUGAGAAAUCCUGUCAUAUGUUUAGUGCACCUAGAAUAUGAUUGAAAAAAAUUACAACAAAAAUACUGAAAGAGGCAAAAAA